CGCACCCGCUCCCUGCCAGGCAGAUCUUCACACGCACCCAGCUCUUCCCAUUGGAGUUGGGAUUCACUAGCCAUCCUAACCACGCAUCUGCUGUUCCAGUGCGCUAUUCCCAGCCGCCCCACCCCAGAGGCAGACGCAUCUCAGCUCCAGGUGAGCAACCCUGAGGUAGUGUCGCUGUGUGGCUAUUCCCUAGCUGCCCCGCCCCAGAGGUAGCUGCAUCUCAGCUCGGGGAAGGAUUCUCUGAGUGGCGCCAGUGAGCUCUUUGCAGCUGUCCCACCCCAGAGGCGAACGCAUCUCAGCUCUGGCGCCCACUUCUGCUUUCAGGUUCCUGCGCAUGCUGCUUCCCCAGGCUUCGAGUCACAAACCCUGGGGAAACCGGGCUGCAGGGUCGGAGAGCCAGGUGCUGAGCCCCCCUCUGCAGGUGUAGGGGUCUGUCCCAGCUGGACGCCCCAGCCAUGGGCAGAGCCCUGCUGCCACAACAGGAUGCCAGGGAAUGGGAGCUCUCAUCUCAGGGUCCCCCAUGGAGACCAGGGAGUCCUUCCCACCCUGUGGCCACUCUGAGGGUCCUGAUCCUCGCCCUGCUCUGGAGGGGGUCCCUGUCCCAGCUGCCCAGAUUUACCCUGACGGUGCCGCAGUCGGUGUCGGUGCAGGAGGGUCUCUGCAUUCUUGUCCCCUGCACCUUCGCGUACCCAGUCUCAUUUGACACUGAAAAUCCCCAGACCCAGCUCUACGGAUACUGGUUCAAGGGUCAGGCCAUUGAGGGCCAGGAUCUGCUUGUGGCCAGCAGUGACCCCAGCCGGAGGGUGUCGCAGGAGACCCAGGGCCGGUUCUGGCUUGCAGGGGAUCUGCUAAGUGGCGACUGCUCCCUGCAAAUCAGCGAUGCCCAGAGGACGGAUGCGGGGAGAUAUUUCCUUAGAAUCGAGAAAGGAACAUUGAAAUACAGUUACCUCUCCAAUAACGAUCACACUCACCCUACGCUCACAAUCUCAGUACCAGGGCUGACGGAGGAGCCAGAGAUCCAGAUCUCGCCGGCGCGGGGGCUGCCAGGGACGCUGCUGGCUGGGGAGCCGGUUACUCUGACCUGCACGGCCCCUGGGCGCUGCUCCGGGCCCCCUCCCCGAGUCACCUGCACGGGGCCGUUCAGCGACACAGCCCGGGACGUCUCAGCCCAGCUGGCAAACGGCACCUGGGCCCACAGCUCCGCGCUCAGCUUCACGCCCGGCCCGGGGGACCACGGCAAAGAGCUCGUCUGCAGCGUCACCUACAGGCCACCACAGGGACCUUCCACCCGCAGAACCGUCCGGCUCCAUGUUGGCUACAGCUCCUGGCUGAACGCGUCCUGCCAGCACCAGGGGCCCAGCAUCAGCUGCAGCUGCUCCCUGCGCUCCCAGCCCCCACCCCAGCUCCAGUGGCAGGUGGACGGGGAGCCCCUGGCUGGGAACAGCUCACGGGGGGGCCCUGCAGGUCAGCUCCUGGGCCCAGGGGGACGAGGCCGUCAGCACCCUGAGCUGGACCAGGAAUGGAGACGGGAGCCCUCCGAUCUUCUGCCUCGGCUCCAGUGCUGGCAGGAUGUUCGCUGUCCUGCUGAGCCCACCGGAAACAGGUGGCCUCACUCGGGCAUUUAUCGAAGUCACCUGCAAACUCGUCUUCGUGGCGACUGGAUUCUUCCUGGCCUAUUACCUCACCCUGCUCUAUUACAGACGGACACCCUGUUGUUCCUCAGCCACCGAAGAGCCAACAAGGAAUUGGAAUCUCACAGGACUGAGGAAAUGGAGAAUGAGACCUCAGCUGGGGGUACUGCCACCCCGGGUGAGGCCAACAGGACAGUUUAACCCAGUACCUCGCCCCCUCCCUACCCCUCCAGCUCAGACCCAUGGGCCUGGGCAGCACAUGGGCUGCCUGUAAUAUUGAUAUGACCAGCAGAUGAUCUGUUUGUUGCCCUGAUGGUUAUGACCAGGGCUGGCCUUAGAGAAAAUGGCACCCUGGGUGAACUUGUCUUAUGGUGCCGCCCCAUCACUCCUGGCCCCCACGGGCUCCCUGGGUUCCCCCCCCAUCACCUCUGGGCCCCGUUGCCUCCUCCAGUGUUUAAUUUGUAUUGAAAGAGAUGCCAGAACUCAGGUGUGGCUCAAAUUAAGCCCUGGCAGGGCGGCCUGAUACUGGCGGGGGCUGGCCGGGCACCCAGCUCUGAAGGCAGCGCCACCGCCAGCAGCAGCGCAGAAGUCGGGGGGGCCUGGCACAUGGGGUGUUGCCACCCUCCUGCGCUGCUGCUGGGGCUUGUGGUGCCUGGUGCUCGGCAUGUGACUCAAGGCUUCGCGCUGUCACACGUGGGCUGCAUCUCGCCAGAGCCCACGGCCUCCCGCAGCCCCCUGGCCACUCCUGGCUCACCCGGGGUGGGGGCACCAGUUCAGACUUGGGGUGGGGAGGAAAUUUUAACCAUGAUUCCAGGGAUUACUUAGGCACCUGAAAACUCUUGGGGCUUUGCAGAUAAUAACGUAGGGAUUAGCUGACAGGAGCACUGUAUCUAAUUGUUAUAUAAAGAAAGAAAAAAAUAUAUACAAACGCCAAUUAAAGCCAUGUUUAAAGCUUAUAUGUAAAUUUAGAACAAUCAGGAGCUAAUACAUCGAGAUAUUCCCAGUCCCAAGCCUUGAGGUAUCAGUUCUGGGGCUUUAACGCAGAUAUCAGAAACACACGUAUGAGACUUCGCACACAAUCUUUUUAGUAGAGAUAAAUAAAAUCUGCUUACACAGACACACUGUGUUACUGCCAUUAUCUCCUCUAUUUUAGUCAAUUGUUUUUCACUUAAUUUCAAAAUAUCUGAUUAAGGUGGUUUUUUUCUCUUUUAUUAAGAAAGGGAAUUAAUUUUUCUAAUUAUUUUGGCAUUUAUGUUUAUAGACCACAAUCCUGUAUUUGUAUGUGAGUCACUAACAUUUGACUCCAUCAUUGCUAUUGGUAUCACAGUUGGAACUGCAGUUAUUUUCAUGCAAAUGUUAAAUUAAUUUACGGAUAUAACUAAAAAUACAGUUUGAAAAUAAGUGACUUUCAUCUGCGCAGUGUCUAUAGUUCUGUGUUUAGCCAAUGUUUUUUAAACUGAAAUUACUAAAGUGAGUACAAGCUGAAGUUCCAUUCUAGGAGGAUGCUAUUAUUUGAUUGUACCACUUUAUAUAACAAAUGAUAAAGUACAAUAUGAUACUAACAGUAAUAAUGCUAAUUACUCCAGCCAGGACAGGU